AUGUCCAGCAAUCAGCAUGAAAGUUUUUCGUUAGGAGCUGUCAAUCUACUCACUUAUAUCAUGAAUAUGACAUUGAACAAGGCUGAAGAGUUAUCUCGACGCAAUCAACUACCGACUGAAAAUCCAAAGGCAUAUGAAAGUUUCGAAGUGAUAAGUGAUAGUAAAACAUCAUCUGAAAGCGCAUCGGUUUUAAAAUCAAAACUUCCAAGAACCAAUUCGUCAGUUAGUGGAGCACAGCCAACUGUUGCACAUGCCGUUGAUGUGGAUAUACUCUCUACAGAUAUCACAGUUGGACGAGAGGGCAAAAUUUGCUACCAACCUAUCAAGAUUGAAGUUCUAAAAGAAUGCCCACGUGCUACAUUUAGCUAUAUGAUGAAAGCACGAAAAGAUUCCAAAGAUAUUUAUAUUCCUGCAAAGAUCUUUGUAACUCAUUUACACCAAGCAGGUGUUGAUAUUAAUUUCUACAUGGACACCAAGCUAUAUCCUGAACUUCCAUCGCUCCACCUUCGUAUCUUUUGUCCUAAUUAUGAGCCAAAACAGGUUUGGAUUAAUGGAAAGGAAUGCAUUCAUUGA